CCUCCAUCACCAACCACAGCUCCUCCAUCACCAACCACAGCUCCUCCAUCACCAACCACAGCUCCUCCAUCACCAACCACAGCUCCUCCAUCACCAACCACAGCUCCUCCAUCACCAACCACAGCUCCUCCAUCACCAACUACAGCUCCUCCAUCACCAACUACAGCUCCUCCAUCACCAACCACAGCUCCUCCAUCACCAACCACAGCUCCUCCAUCACCAACUACAGCUCCUCCAUCACCAACUACAGCUCCUCCAUCACCAACCACAGCUCCUCCAUCACCAACUACAGCUCCUCCAUCACCAACCACAGCUCCUCCAUCAACAACUACAGCUCCUCCAGGAACGACCACUUGCGGUAUCACCAGAGCAUACUGUACGGGUUGCGGGGUAGCACCCAUUUCCGUCGGGAGCACGAGGAUUGUCAACGGAACGGAGGCAUCAGCGGGCGAGUACCCUUACCAGGUAGCGGUGAUAUCCACCAUCGCCGGUAGUCAGUAUCGGUGUGGGGGGUCGAUCAUUAAGGAGAGGUGGAUUCUUACUGCUGCCCAUUGCUUCUACGACAAUAGCAACAACAAGGCGACAAGUGUCGACAUUGUUUACGGUACCAUCAAUAUCAACGGCGGCACAACCGUGACGGCUUCGAGGUUCAUCGACCAUCCAAGUUACGACAGGAUUACUCAGGCCAACGACAUCGCGCUGGUGGAACUGCCGCAACCUCUGAGUUAUGCGACCGACCCCAAUAUCCAACCGAUCUGCAUGGGACUAGAAGAGGACAUACCGUACGGAGGCAAGGCGGUGGCAUCGGGAUGGGGAGAACUGUCGUUUGGUGGGUCAUCACCUAGCGUUCUGAGGGAAGUAGAGUUAGAUAUCAUCACAAUAAACGAGUGCCAGCAGAAGGUUUCUUUACCACCAGACACAAACUCAGUUGUAUGUGCUCUGACUCUCUAUAAGGAUACCUGCCGGGGUGACAGCGGUGGUCCUCUUGUUGCGAAACUUUGCGACGGCACCUGGGCUCAAAUUGGAAUUGUCAGCUAUGGUUUCCAGUGUGCCGUCCCAGACAACCCUGGUGUGUACACCCGUGUGUCUGCUUUCGCUAACUGGAUCUCAGAGAACACUGGAGGCAGCAGCUGUAGUUCUACCCUGACACUUAGCGCAGAGCUUGAUAACCGUGCAAAAGAGAGGGAAGCAGUGAACGAAGCGAAAAAUGAAGUAGUUAGAAUUGGACAAGAACUAGAUGGACUUGAAACUACGCUGAACGCUGCCAGUGGAAGACGCCGUAGACGUAGAAAUCUCAGUCUGCUGCAGGAAUUGCAAACUGCACUAACUAACUUGAGCAUCAUUAUGUUAAGCAGGGACGUCCAGAGAAUUAACUCCCUAUCAAAAGAACUGAUAACUCUCAGAAGCAGACUUGUUAUAUUCACUGCAGAAGUUGCUGCAGGUGCAUCGGGACUCGAUGUAACAGCGUUGUUGGGCAGUGUUGUAAGUGCUAAGCAAACGGCUCAAAAUGUCACUGAGGUGGCUCGGCAAGAACUAGUAGUUCUUGAGGCUGAAAUUAACAUUAUUGCUGUGGAAUUUCAAAACAGCGGUAGCACCGUCCCACCUUUGCCAUCUCUCGAGCCUGAACCUACUAUCAAGCCAACUGCAUCUCCCACAACUCCACCUGCUACAAACCCACCUUUAACAACGCCAUCUACUACAGCUCCACCAUUGACAACUCCACCUCCAACAACUCCACCUCCAACAACUCCACCUCCAACAACUCCACCUCCAACAACUCCACCUCCAACAACUCCACUUCCAACAACUCCACCUCCAACGACUCCAACAACUCCACUUCCAACGACUCCACUUCCAACAACUCCACCUCCAACAACUCCACCUCCAACAACUCCACUUCCAACAACACCUCCAACAACUCCACCUCCAACAACUCCACUUCCAACAACUCCACCUCCAACGACUCCAACAACUCCACUUCCAACGACUCCACUUCCAACAACUACGGCAUGUUCCGUAACAAGAAAAUAUUGCGAGGACUGCGGCGUGGCAACUGUCAGCGUUGCCGACUCGAGGAUCGUUGGCGGCGCUGACGCAUCGUCCGGGGAAUUCCCUUGGCAAGUCGGACUCGCGACUGAAUUUCCGAGUGGGGCAGGUGCGUGUGGGGGAUCUCUUAUCAAGAGCAAUUGGGUCCUGUCGGCUGCCCACUGCUUCUUUGAUGAUAAUGGAGUUGCGGCGACCUCGGUGGUGGUUCAGUACGGAUCAACAAAUCUUGCAACUGCAACAGAAGUCACUGCAAAGCGAUACAUUACACAUGAGAAUUACGAUGCUUCGUCUUACUUGCAUGACAUCGCUCUGGUUGAGCUUCCCCAAGCUCUCGACUACGCGAAUAACCCCAACGUUCAACCAAUAUGCCUGGGAGAGGAGGAGGACUAUAACUUCGGAGGCAAAGUGGUAGCGACAGGAUGGGGCUAUCUCAGUUUUGAUACAAAGGAAAUCCCAGAGAUCCUUCAGGAGGUGAUGCUGGACUUGAUCACGACAGAGGACUGUAAAACGAUGGAGACCCUUCCUUCGGACACCUCCGUCAUCUGCGCCCUCACCACAAACAAGGACACAUGUUCGGGAGACAGUGGCGGACCCCUCUUCACCCAGCUGUGCGAUGGCCGGUGGGCGCAGCUGGGGAUAGUCAGCUACGGCUUUGAGUGCGCCCGACCCUCGAAACCCGGAGUGUACACUAAAGUGUCUGCUUAUUUCGACUGGAUCGAGACCAACUCUGGCGAAUCAAGUUCUGCGACACCUCCUGGAUAUUCAACGGAAUCAAGCUCUGCAACAUCCACAGGAGAUUCAACAGAACCAAACUCUGUAACAUCCACAGGAGACUCAACAGAAUCAAGCUCUGCAACAUCCACAGGAGAUUCAACAGAAUCAAGCUCUGCAACAUCCACAGAAGAUUCAACAGAAUCAAGCUCUGCAACAUCCACAGGAGAUUCAACAGAAUCAAGCUCUGCAACAUCCACAGGAGAUUCAACAGAAUCAAGCUCUGCAACAUCCACAGGAGAUUCAACAGAAUCAAGCUCUGCAACAUCCACAGGAGAUUCAACAGAAUCAAGCUCUGCAACAUCCACAGGAGAUUCAAUAGAAUCAAGCUCUGCAACACCCACAGGGAACCCAACAGAAUCUAGCUCAGCUACAUCCACAGAUUCAGCAGUAACUACAAUCAUGACAGAAAGUUCAAGCACAUGUUCUUUGACAAGGAAAUACUGCGAGGACUGCGGUGUGGCAUCUGUAAGCGUUGCCAGCUCGAGGAUCGUUGGCGGCGCUGACGCAUCGUCCGGGGAAUUCCCUUGGCAAGUCGGACUCGCGACUGAAUUUCCGAAUGGGGCAGGUGCGUGUGGGGGAUCUCUUAUCAAGAGCAAUUGGGUCCUGUCGGCUGCCCACUGCUUCUUUGAUGAUAAUGGAGAUACGGCGACCUCAGUGGUGGUUCAGUACGGAUCAAUAAAUCUUGCAACUGCAACAGAAGUCACUGCAAAGCGAUACAUUACACAUGAGAAUUAUAAUGCCUCGCCUUACCUGCAUGACAUCGCUCUGGUUGAGCUUCCACAAGCUCUCGACUACGCGAAUAAUCCCAACGUUCAACCAAUAUGCCUGGGAGAGGAGGAGGACUAUAACUUCGGAGGCAAAGUGGUAGCGACAGGAUGGGGCUAUCUCAGUUUUGAUACAAAGGAAAUCCCAGAGAUCCUUCAGGAGGUGAUGCUGGACUUGAUCACGACAGAGGACUGUAAAACGAUGGUGCUCCUUCCUUCGAACACCUCCGUCAUCUGCGCCCUCACCACAAACAAGGACACGUGUUCGGGAGACAGUGGCGGACCCCUCUUCACUCAGCUGUGCGAUGGCCGGUGGGCGCAGCUGGGGAUAGUCAGCUAUGGCUUUGAGUGCGCCCGACCCUCGAAUCCCGGAGUGUACACUAAAGUGUCUGCUUAUUUCGACUGGAUCGAGACCAACUCCGGCGGUACAAAUUGUUGAUUAAUAUAGCUAUAGCGAUGUACGUGUGUGUUUAGGUGUGUGUGUGUGUGCACUGCUGUACCUGAAUUAAACAUGAUUUUCACUGGCAUUAUGCUUAGGUGUAAUAGGUAAUAUUUUGCAGCUUCCCUCGAAGUAGAAAGUCUCGCUGAAAUUGCUGAUGUAAAUUCUAGUUUAAAAAAAUAAAUAAAAUAAAAUCAAUUGCCUCUCCGUA